AUGGAGGCCGGCCUCGUCUACUGGGCUGCAUCAGGGGUGGGGGGAGGCGACGGACGCACCAUUAGCCAGGAUCGCUGCUUUAGGAUAUGGCUCAAAGCUCCCCAGCUGCACCAUCGAGGCGAGACGGCGACCUCAGUCGAUUACCUUUCUUUCCUCUGCUAUCCCAUGGAUAUUCACUGCAAAGCAGACCCCUUCUCCGCCAUGCACCGGCAUGGAGGGGUGAACCAGCUCGGCGGGGUGUUCGUGAACGGCAGACCCCUCCCGGACGUGGUCAGGCAGCGGAUAGUGGAGCUGGCGCAUCAGGGAGUGCGCCCGUGCGACAUCUCCAGACAGCUGCGGGUGAGCCACGGCUGCGUCAGCAAGAUACUGGGCAGGUACUACGAAACCGGCAGUAUUAAACCCGGAGUCAUAGGUGGCUCCAAACCGAAAGUGGCGACCCCCAAAGUGGUGGAUAAGAUAGCGGACUACAAACGGCAGAACCCAACCAUGUUCGCGUGGGAGAUCCGCGACCGGCUUCUGGCUGAGGGCGUGUGUGACAACGACACAGUGCCCAGCGUGUCAUCCAUCAACAGGAUCAUCCGCACCAAAGUCCAGCAGCAAUUUCACCCGUCGCCCGAUGGAUCCGUGACGCCGCUAUCUACGCCAGGACACACUAUAGUUCCUAGCACCGCCUCCCCUCCAGUGACCAGCGCUUCCAACGACCCCGUGGGCUCCUACUCCAUCAACGGCAUCCUGGGCAUCCCCCGCUCCAAUGGCGAAAAGAGGAAACGGGACGAUGUUCUCUGGACUGGCAACCACUUGGAUGGAAGGAAAAUAGGACAUUAUGGCUCGGAUGGCUCGGGUCCAGGCAGUGACUCGCAGGGCAGUGUGGAGAGUCUAAGGAAGCACCUGAGAGCGGACGCCUUCACUCAGCAGCAGCUGGAGGCUCUGGACCGGGUCUUCGAGCGGCCAUCUUACCCCGAUGUCUUCCCCACUUCAGAGCACAUCAAGCCCGAGCAGGCCAACGAGUACUCCCUGCCCUCUCUGAACGGCGGGCUGGAGGACGUGAAGCCCAGCCUCCCCACCAGCGCCAGCUCUGAACUGGCCUCCAGCGUGUCCCAGAGCUACUCCGUGGUGACAGACCCUCACCCAUCCCGCACGUCCUCUUCCCGGUGUGCAAAGCGCGAGCCUCAUGAAGCGUCCUUUGCCCCCUACACCCCCUCCACGCUGGGGGAAAUGGCCCUAGCUGACGUCAUGCCCCAGCAGUCCAGCCUGUGUGUAGAAGCCCGUACUCCCAGCUACCAUGGUUCCUGCUACAGCCAGUAUGCCAGCCAGCACUUUAUAGCAGGUCGUGACAUGGCCAGCACAACUUUGCCUGGAUACCCUCCCCAUGUACCCCCCACGGGACAAGGCAGCUACCCCACCUCCACGCUCGCCGGAAUGGUCCCCGGAGGAGAUUUUUCCGGAAACCCUUACUCGCAUCCGCAGUAUACCACAUACAAUGAAGCAUGGCGGUUCAGCAAUCCAGCGUUAUUAAGUUCCCCUUAUUAUUAUAGUGCCGCAUCCCGUGGCUCCGCCCCUCCCACUGCGGCCACUGCCUACGACCGCCACUAG